AAGCGCGCAUUUUGGUUCCUUCAUUCACUUCUGCUGCAGGCAAACGGAGGGAGAAUACAGCAAUCAGAAACAAAAAGGACGGUGGUUUUUGGCGCGUAUUAUUCCCAGUCUGUUUCUUUAGAUGCUGAAGUGUAUUGUGCAUCAUGUCGAAACGUGACCUCUUUUUGCAGUCUGUGUGUAAUGAAUGUUUGGAGGACUUCCUGAAUUUUAUUCAGUUUCAUAAAAAUACUUCAGAUCCAUUUGAUUUGACUGAAGUGUUGCAGGAGUUCCCACGGAAGCAAAGAGAAGCAUUAUGGGAGCAUCUGAAGAAACUUCUAACUGAUGUUCUAUUAGACAACCCAGUGGAGAAUUGGGCCCAGCAUGAAGACAGUGAUGAUGAAAUGGAGGUGGAGGGUGCUUUGAAUAUGCAGAAAACUCUGUCUGUGAUUGGUGGUGUAACUGAGGUGGUUGUGGCCUCUGUACAUGUAAUUGAUAAGGAUGAUGUUUACAGUGACUUGCUGGAAAUUGCUGUUAUUUUGAAUGGUAUUUUGCCAGCGUUGCCUAAGUUUUAUGGAGCUUUGAAGGUUACAAUCCAACAUUUGUUCGUGGCUUGGUGGGACAAAGGAUUAGAAGGAAAAGAAGAAUUGGGAAAAACUGCCUUUAUAAUGUUGCUGGAGAAAAGCUUAUUGUCAAAAUAUUUGGGUGCUGACAUAAUUCGACUGUGGCACUUUCAUCAAGCUUUGCAAAAUUUUGAAUUCAAGUCUGAAGACAGCAAUGAGGUGAAAAAUACUUUGCUUCAAUGUUUCAUGAGUGUUGCCCACAUAAAAAAGGAAGAGGGAAGGCGAUUUUUAAGUUUUUUGUUUAGCUGGGAUGUGGAAUUCAUCAAGAUGAUCCAUGACACCAUUAAGAACCAGCUACAUGUCUUUCCUAAGUCCAUCAUGACCUAUGUAGCUGAGAUAUAUUUUAGAGCUUGGAAAAAGGCAUCUGGAAUGUUUCUGAAGACUAUUGAAUAUAAUUGUAUCCAGGAUUUUAUGCAUCAUGGAGUUCACCUUCCAAGGAAUUCCCCAGUCCAUUCAAAAGUGCGAGAGUUGUUAAGUUACUUCCAUCAACAAAAGCUGCGACAGGGGGUUGAUGAAAUGUUGCAUCGUUUGUACCAGCCUAUUCUAUGGAGAGGACUGAAGGCCAGAAAUUCUGAAGUGAGAGCAAAUGCUGCAAUUCUCUUUAUUGAAGCAUUUCCAAUAAGAGACCCUGGACUUGCCAAUGAAGAAGUAGAUGUUCAAAUUCAAAAGCAAUUUGAAGAAAUUUUUAGUCUUUUGGAAGAUCCUCAACCUCUGGUUCGUUCUACUGGUGUGCUUGGUGUGUGCAGGAUUGCUGCAAAAUACUGGGAGAUGAUUCCCCCUGCUAUUCUUACUGAACUUCUUACCACUGUGCUCCGUGAGCUCUCUGCUGAUACAAGUUCUGCUGAUGUCCGUUGUUCUGUCUUUAAGUGUUUACCAGUUACUUUGGAUAACAGAAUGAGCCAUCCCUUGUUAGAGCAGCUUCUUCCUGGGCUGAAAAACAGUCUCCAUGACAACUCAGAAAAAGUAAGAGUAGCCUUUGUUGAUAUGCUGCUGAAAAUUAAAGCUGCUAGAGCUGCAAAGUUUUGGAAAAUCUGUCCAAUGGAGCAUCUUCUGGCUCGUUUGGAACUUGAUUCCCGACCAGUUGCAAGACGAAUUGUCAACUUGUUGUUUAACUCCUUCUUUCCUGUGAAUCAAUCUGAGGAGGUAUGGUGUGAAAGAUGUGUCACUCUUGUACGAAUGAAUCCCAUGGCAGCGAGGAAAUUUUAUCAGUAUGCACAUGAGCACACUGCACCAACAAAUAUUGCCAAAUUGAUGCUUGUGCUUCGUCGAUGUUUGAAUGCUUGUAUUGCGAGGGAAGUGCAAAAUGAAGAUGGUGGUGGUGACGAUGAUAAAUACCAUAUGGAAAAUAGCAGUGUGCUGGACGAUGUGCUUUCUGUGAGCGAUGGUGCCACAAUGGCUAGCUUACUGGAAAUUAUUGUCAUUUUGUGGAAGAGCAUCGACAAGACACUGAGUAAAAAUGAAGAAGCUAAAAACUACACAAUUGCAAAGUUUGGAACUGUGCUUCCUCAAUAUUUUAAAACUUUUACGGAAGAUCGCUGUACUGGUCCCUUGGUGAUUUUGGCUUCUUUCAUGCCGGCAACUGCUGUUCCUACCUUCAGUUGUGGGGUCCUCUCAAAGCUGAGAAAUUUAGCUGAAAGUGCUGAUGAGAGUAAAUAUUCCUCGUUGAUAGACUGCCUGUGUCAGUGGGGGAAAGUUGGACAUGUGCUUGAGUUGAUCACUGACUGGCUAACAGAUCGACUUCCCCAGAAGAAUAAAAAUAUCCGACAGCGUACAGUAAAAAUCCAGGAAACUGUGGAACCUAAAUUAGAGUUGGCAUUAAAGUUUUUAGAAUAUAUACUGACUAAUAUCAUGACUCAGGAGUGCUUCCUAAAUUCACCGCAAAACAAGCUGAACCAGCUUUUGAAGGUUUUGGGAGCAGUCAAGGAACUCUUAACUUCCUUCUUGAACACUUCAGAACUGAUGCUUCAUGAUAUAGGCGUGAAUACAGCUCUGAAGGCUUUCAGCUUAUAUUGUCGACUGACUAUUCAUUUUCAGAAUAAGUUCAGUGCAGAUGGUAGAACUUAUCUUUUGGAUCUCGAACGUAAUGCAGGCUGGAUAGAUGAAGUUGUGUUGCAAUUUCUGCACAUUCCAGGAAAGGAGAUAGAGGUUUCAGAGCAUCAGAGUGAGAUUGCAAGACAAAUAGUUGAUGUAUAUCUCACAGUUUGUAAGGAUAUUGUUAUGGUUGGUGCAUCUGAUAUGGAAUUCCAAGCUCAGGUACUUGGCUUUGGCCUUGCUGUAAUGCAGUCAGAGAAAGGAGUCUUCUGUUUACCAUUACUGAUAUCCAUUCUGAAAGAAAUUACAGUGAACUGCCUAUCUCAGAACAUCUACACCAGUAGCGAGAAAGCUAAUAAAAUACUUGACAUUAUCCAGAAAGUAUUUCACAAAAUUUUGGAAGUUCUGGCUCGCUGUUCCAGGAAAAGCCAGGAAGAAACCCUGCAGAUUCUUGAGUCUAUUCAGUCUGUUAUUGGAGAAUUCAUCAGUGCUGUUCACACCUGGCAUGGAACCCAUGAAGCAGUUCAACAAGAGAUACUUUCAACACUUCUGGCUGCAAUGCUGGCUGAAACCAUUCAUUCUUUAAAAAAGAAAUCUGAUCCAGAAGAUGUUGUUCCACCUGAAACCACUGAUGACCUGCCACUACUUUCAAGCUACUUUCUGGCCAUUGUGUUAAAAUAUCCUGGUGUGAUGAAAUCAUUUUUAAAUGAAUUAAUGGACUGCAUAAAUUCUGAAGCAAUACAAGGAGUUGUGGGAUUGGUGGCUGCUCUCUAUAUCCUGCUUGUACUUAGUAGAGGUAAAGUGACAAGAACUGCAGUCAAAGAGACAGCAGUAGCCAUUCACAUGAAGUUUCAGUGUUAUAAUGGAGUAGCAACAGAGUUGAGUGACAUUGAAAGAGCCUUGUACACCUCUUCAAACAAACAUCUGGAAGAUCUUUUACAUUUGUAAACUUCCGCAGGUGCAAAUGUGUUCUUUCUAUUUUUUAAAAUCUUCACAUUGAAUGUGAAAGUCGAUGUAAUAAAGCAGCAAAACAUUUCAUUUUUAAAAAUUUUGCAAUAUGCCUUGUAGAAACAUAUCUGUACAUAUCUUCUCUAAUGUGAUUUAAAAUUGUAUUUGUAAUGUAUGAAAUUUGGCUAUUUAGUUUUGGAUUCUUUCUAAUUAGUAUAAGGUGAAAGUACAUGUACAACUCUUCUCUCACGUAAAAAAGAGGAAUCUAUUUUCUUAUAUUUUGAAAUAAUGAAAAUAAUGUCAUUUUGUACUUUUAUUCUGGUUUGCAAUAUUUUGCCAGGAGAUGUCACUGAAACAUACUAUAAUAUUGUAGUGAGAUCUGUAAUGUCUAAUGAAAGGCUUUAUAUUGAAAAAUAGAAAUUGCAUUGCUAAUGUUUAAAAAUCUGUGUUUGGGAAA